AUUGUUUGUUUCUAUGUUUUCGAUUGAAUUUGGGCACGAAUUUAAAAAUCGACGCAUGCGUCGUUGAAGAGAUUAUUCUGUGAUUCAAUAAAAAGCGAGGUACCUAUUUUGCGCCGACUGCUGUCUGGUUACUUUGAGUUUGAAGUAUAGUUUUUCAUACAAUAAUAAAAUUAUAGUACCUAUACCUUCAAUAGUGAUUUGUUUUCAGUAAAACAGAUACGUGCUAGUGAUUGAAAAUAUGGCCAGUGUCAAGAAAGUCGGAGAAUACCAGCUGGGGAAUCUGAUCAUUGAAGGAAAAACAAAGCAAGUCUACGAUGUUCCUUCGGUGCCGGGACAUUGCAUCUUGCUAAGUAAAGAUAGAAUCACAGCUGGAGAUGGUGUCAAAGCUCAUGAUCUAUUGGGAAAAUCAGUGAUAUCGAACAAAACAACAUGCAAAGUAUUCGAAAUUUUGAAUUCUGUUGGUGUGAAGACCUCAUACGUAAAAGUUGCCAGCGAGAACGCCUUCCUUUCAAAAAAAUGCGAGAUGAUCCCCAUCGAGUGGGUGACUCGGCGCCUAGCGACCGGAUCGUUUCUGAAGCGUCACCCGGGGGUCAAAGAGGGCUAUCGCUUCAAUCCCCCCAAACACGAGACUUUCUUCAAAGACGACGCUAAUCACGAUCCCCAGUGGUCCGAGGAGCAGAUAAUCUCGGCCGAGUUCAAGGUCAACGGAGUGGUUAUUGGUAAACAUGAAGUCGACUUGAUGACAAAAACAUCCAUCAUAGUAUUUGAAAUCUUGGAAAAAGUAUGGCAAACAAGAAAUUGUGCUUUGAUUGACAUGAAGAUUGAGUUUGGAGUUGACAGUACAGGGCAACUGUUGGUAGCCGACGUCAUCGACUCUGACAGCUGGCGCUUGUGGCCCUCUGGCGACAAACGACUCAUGGUCGACAAGCAGGUGUACCGCAACCUGUCCAGCGUCACGGACAAGGACCUCGACACCGUCAAGCGCAACUUCGAGUGGGUGGCCGACCAGCUCGACCAUCUGAUACCGCCCAACGACCAUCUGGUGGUCAUCGUGAUGGGCAGCUCGGCGGACAAGGAGCACUGCGUCAAGAUCAGGAAGUACUGCGAGGAGGUGGGGCUAAGGACGGAGCUCAGGGUGUCGUCUGCGCACAAGACGACGGAGUAUACUUUGGAGUUGAUUAGUUUCUACGAGGGGCUAAAUAUUCCGAUUGUUUUCAUCGCUGUGGCCGGCAGGUCCAACGGUUUGGGGCCCGUGAUAUCCGGCAACACGGACUUCCCGGUGAUCAACUGCCCUCCGGGCCCCGGCGACGUCCUCUCCAGGGACGUCUGGUCUAGUCUGAACGUCCCGUCGGGGUUAGGGUGCGCCACAGUCGUCUAUCCGGAGACGGCCGCCCUGAUGGCAGCGCAGAGCCUGGCGCUCAACAACUACAUCAUUUGGAGCAAAUUGAGAGUGAGGCGGCUGGGGUUCUUCGAUAGCUUGCCGAGGGCCGAUAAAGAGUUCAGGAAUUAAGUUGGGAGUUGCCUAUGUGCCGCUUGGGCUCUUAUAUUCAGUUUAGUGUUCUGUUUUUAUAACUGUUUUAUUAAUAAAAGUUGAUUUUCUCCAGCCUCUGUCAACUUUUUUUUACGGACACAAGUUGUCAGUAUUGUUUUUACAAUGAAUGCUGGCCUUUAUUCACGAUAGACUGUGUUAACUUUUUUUUAUGACCACUACUGUGAUUUUUCAUUAUUGUACUGAUAAUCAUAAUAAUAAUAAUAAAUCGUCUUUAUUCAUCUUG